CGACAGCCGCUAAAUGGAUUUUUUUUUUCCUAUAGUGAUUGAUAAAUGUUAUUUAAUAGGAUUUUAACAUUGGCAACCUCUCAUAUUGUCAGCAUCUCUGUGGAAUGUUUUUCUUUCCAUCCUGUGAGAGCACCCUGCUACCGCGUCCUCACUCAGCGGGUGGGAAAAACCCAUUCACGUCUGAUGUCAUCCCUGCAUAAAAGGAAGAGAGGGACGCCUCACACGGAGGCAGAGCAGAGCAGCAAGGAGAAGAAACUACAAGGCCUUCAGAAUUGUCUGGAAAAAGGGGUCAAAAUGACUAAAAAGCUGCUGCUGGAUGUGGACUGUGGUGUAGACGAUGCUCAGGCCAUUAUGCUGGCCUUGGGGGACCCCAAUGUACAGAUCCUGGGCAUCACCUGCGUGCACGGAAACACCACAGUAGAGAACGUGUGCAAGAAUGUGCUGCGGGUUCUGCAGGCCUGCAGAAAAUUGGAGAUUCCAGUGUUUAAAGGUGCUGAUAAGCCCAUCCUUGGGAACAGCCUCAGUGGAGGGAACUUCCACGGUGAGGAUGGCCUAGGAGACGCGCCUGACCCCGGUGCUCCUGGUCUGGACCUGAUUCAGGAAGAGAACGCUGUGUCGGCUUUGAUCAGAAUUGUCAACGAGAAUCCCGGAGAGGUGUGUCUGGUUGCCACGGCACCCCUCACCAACUUGGCUCUGGCUGUGAGGAUGGAUCCAUCUCUGCCGGGCAAACUCAAAGGACUCUACAUCAUGGGAGGGAACACGGAGUCCCGAGGAAACAUCACAGUGUGUGCAGAGUUUAACUUUGCUGCGGAUCCAGAGGCUGCGUACGUGGUGCUGAAUGAUUUCCAGUGUCCCACUUAUCUGGCCUGCUGGGAGUUUACCUGCUACAGCCAGCUGCCAUGGGAGUUUUGUGACACCUGGUUGGGUCAGGACAGCGACAAGGCUCGCUUCAUGGCGAAAAUCUUCCGCCACGGUAUGGAGGAGGCCAAGAAAGAGAGUACGCAGAACGAGUGUCUGGGUUGCACGGGAUUUGUAUCCUGUGACUCCUACGCCAUGGCGGCCGCCAUGGAUGACUUGUUCAUCACAGAAAGCGAUCAGUACCCGGUCAGCGUUGAACUGACUGGGACUUACACCAGAGGAAUGAUGAUCGUGGACACUUUGGGGCUGCUGAAGAAAACGCAUAAAGCUGUUAUUAUGAAGAAGGUGGACAUGGAAAAGUUCAAAAAGAUGAUGAUGGCGGCUUUGAAAUGACAAACACACAUGGAGUGAACUCAGGUCCUCAGGUUCAGACUGGGUAACAACAACACAGCAAUGCAAAUAAGAAUAGAAAGAGUAAAGCGUCACCUUUAAAAAGCUUGAACCCAUUUAUGGAGGAUUAGGUCCCCGACACAAAGGUCAGCAGUUCAAAACGCCGCCCAGUGAGCUUUGCUGCAUGUCUUCCCCCUCUUUCCAAACACAUUUCCUGUCUACCUACUACUGAAAAAAAUAAACAUAAAAAAUAAAGGCCACUAGUGCCUAAGAUAUUAAAGAGAGAAACCUGCCAUGAAGGAUCAAACCCUCAGUCUGUCACUUUUUAUGCCAAAAAAACCUGUCAGUUCAUCAGCAAACUUUGAGGACCUCCACUGAUAUGUCUGUUAAUUCUGAGACUAACAGGUUUGUUAUGGUAGAAUUAUUUAUGCUACCAGUAUGAGGCUUAAUGGAGGUGAAAUACAGGAAACGGAUAAUGUAAUAUCACAAUAGAGAAAUUCACUAACCCAUCCCAUUGGGGAGCAGUGGGCUAGCACUGGAGCAGCAUUCUGCUUGCCUUGAAGCUGGACAUGAGAAGGAGUAAAAAAAACAAAGGGCCAAAAUGAAGCCAAGUAUAUCAUGAAGGAAUUAGCUUGAUAUUGUCCCAUUAAAUGACUAGCAAAACGUUUUUUUUUUUAAUACAAUGGAUAAUUAAAUAAACUGUUUAAUUUAUUGUAUUAUGGAAUUGAAUAUUUAUUUCAUAAUAAUUAUAAAUAAAUUUAGUCCUGUCCGCUGCACAGCACAGCUAUUUCAGGCAUCAAAGACUUAAAUGUUUGGAAACCUUCUGGGACAUUAAUAUUUUAUUAUGAGAUAUUUUACACAUGCGAUACAUUAAAUCCAUCUUUCUUUCCUUUCAUCUGAGGCUGGGUUGCAGAGGUAACAGGACUGAGAGGUAAACUCAGCUCCUCUUACUAGCAGCACUCUCCAGCUUCGGGGAAUCUUAAGUACUUUCUAGUGCUAAAGGGAGAUUCAGUCUAUCAGGCGAUGUUUUACGGUGAUACGGAGCCCAGCCACCCUUUUAGCAGCUCACUCUUUGGUUAUGAUCCACAUUUCAUGGUAGUUGUUUUGUGUUUAAAGUGUAGACUAGCUGGAGAACCAAGAGCUCCUCUUUUUGUCUCAGCAUCCACUCAUCGCUGCAGACCUGUUUCUGCCUGGAGAAAUCAAGCCGCCUGACCUCCAACCUGGAGGCAGCUGUCCACCAACACUGACUAGUAUUAAAAACAGUUUGCUGACAACAGUUUUUAUUUUUGUUUGUUUGCUUGUUUUAUGGGAAUCUUUGAAGUAAAACUGCUUGAUGAGGUUCCUUAGGGUCAGUUGGGGAUCAUCUGACCUCCAUUUGUCCCUAAAAGAAAACCAUCUUCAGAACAUUUUUAGUACAUGAAAUGUUUUUUUAUGUGACAUUUUAUAAAUGAGGAGUGUUACCAACUCAAUUGUCACUACCUCUCCUGGUAGCUUAGAAGGAAAACGUAAUAACUUUCUUAGAUUCAGGUGUGAUUUAUCAACCCCCCACCCCACUAUGAGUUUUUCAUAGUGAAUCUUAUGUAAUGUUUUUUUAAACUGAUUCUCGUAAAUCAUUUAUCUCUAGUGUGCAGAAAAAGGAACAACUAUUUUUGAUUAGAUUUUGACUAAUAUCAUAGAGAAACCAAGCUUUUCCAUCUGCUUUAGCUUUGUCAUGUAACAAAGGGAGGAGGAUGUUGAAGUAGGUCUGCUUUGGUACAAAAUUCUAAUCUCUCUUAGAUUUGAUGAUGAUGAGGCUCAAGUUAUUAUUCUUCAAUCAUCUUUUGCUGCUCAAUGCUAGAAAAGAAUUUGUAAGUCAUCCUUUUUUUACUGUUAUUUUUUUUUUUUUGUAAAUGAAUAGAUAUUUUUAAAAUAAUCAUACUGUAUAUAUAUGCUAAGACAUGUAUGAAGUAUACAGAGAGAAAAUACAAGUUCCUGUUCUUGUUAUUUAAAGUAUUUGCUCUAAUCUGGGGUUUGACUGUUUACUAGUUGUCUGUUUAUUGUGAUGACCUGUAAAAAAUAUCUGUAUCUUAUAAGGAAGUUUUAAUAAAACACGAUUAUCCUCCUCAUCAACAUGGAGAUUUGUGUGUUAAACUGGAAGAGCUCCCCUUUGGGAAAAGGUGAGAUAUUUUUUUGUUAUUGUAAAGAAAAUGCUUUAAAACACAUCCAGUUGUAUAUUUUUCUCUAAGAAAUGCUGAGAUACAUAUUUAUUUCAUGUGUAUUGCUCUCAAAAGUUUACAUUUUGUUGUAAAUCCAUUGGACUCUUGUUUUGUUUUAAGCUUUAGUUUUUUUUUCCUAUACUUGAUCUUUAACAAAUUAACCUCAUCCUGUCAGCUUUGAUUUAUUUUCAAGUUGGUUCCACUGACUUUAAUUUGAUUUG